AUGGGCUCCCCGCUGGUGGGGCGGCUGAAGACGCAGCUCAGCCGCCUCGCCGGGGACCCGGAGGGGCUGUACGUCACCGCCGAGAAUCUCAAGAGCCUCCUCCGGCAGCUGGACCCGAGCUCGGCGAUCAUCUCGGACGAGGGCCUCAACGUCUUCGUGUCCGUGACCCCCAAGGAGUCCAACGGCCAGAUCUCCGUUGGCACAUUCGUCGACUGGCUCUACGAAGACUCGGACUUCGGCCUGCCGGAAAUGCAGGAGAAGAGCCCGUCGACGAUCGCCGUGUUCUGGAGCAAUCACCAGACUCCGACGGUCUCGGGAGCUCGACGCGCGUGGCUGGCGCGGCUGCUGUCCACGGACCCCGAGGCGGUCGACGAGGAAGCCAUGAACAUCAAGGCUUCCAUGCCGCCUUUCAACAACAGCAAGAAGAUGGAGCUGCCGAAGUCGCUUCUGUCUAUCAACGUGCCAGUCUACGGGCCGAACAUCCCGAACUCGGUGAUGAAGAUCUUCGAGCCCGCCGAUAUGAGAGCUCUUGCACAGAGGCUUUCGUGCAGAAUACCUUCUUAUGUUCUCAACCGCGUAGUCCAGAGCAAGAUGCCCAAAGUCGUCGACCUUGUCAAUGCUGCGCGCAGCAUAGACGACAUCGCCCAGAGGAACGGGGCCGCCAUAGACAAGCUAGAGAGUUUCGUCAAAGAUCUGCUGGAUCUCAAGCCGGCGGAUGUUCCAGAUCAUGGUGCCUGGACAGCCUUCGUGAACAGGUACGCGGGCGACGGAUGGGCGCACAAGCUGCACUUUGACCACCUUCUCGACAACUUCGGAUUCGACAAGGAGGCAUCGGACGUGCUCCGCAAGAUAGAGACCAAGAACUCGGACGGUGAAACCGUAACCCUAGAGCAUCACGCCUUCCGCUGGCUUAGCAAGGCGUUCGCGGCUUACGGCGUCGAGGGUUGCAUGACGGACGUCGUCAAUCUGAUCUUCGCAAUGAUGGGUAUCAUUCCUAAAGAUCUGGACGAAGGCAAGAUCGCCGAGUAUAUUGAUUCUUUCAGAGAUGAUAAAUUGCGGAAGAAGGAUUUCUCUGAGCUCUGGGUUCCUAACUAUUUUGUUAUGGACGCAGAGGUCGAUGAUUCCCUGACUAUGGUUAUCUUGUCGUACGUGCAUGAAGCGCGUGGUACCACGCUUCAGACGUUUGUCCAGCUGCCCAGCGAUGAGUCCAUCAACGAGGCCGCGGCGACGCUCGAUAAGCUCAACGACGUCUACGUCUACCGUGAUCCAGAGGCCAGGAAUCAGAGGGCCGUGCUGCAGAAUUUUGGGAUGCAUCACUGA